GUAUCUGUAUGCAGUGGUCCCCUGAGAAAGUGAAAGGUCUUGGAACUGCCAUCAUGGAUGACAAGAAAACUAACUGGAUUAAAAAAGAGGAAGCAAAUGAGUUUCUUGAUGAACCAUUAGGAGCGUCUUGGUUCACUGAUUGCAUCAAAGAGGAUCCUGGACUAAAUCUGGGGUGGGACGAAACCGAGAACAAUUUUCUUGAGGAUCCACACGAAACAUCCUGCUCCACUGAUUUUAUCAAGGAGGAUCCGGAACUAAAUUUGGAAGAUGAUGAAAAUGAGACAAUUGUAAGCAUUCAUAUCUCUGGUUUAUUUCAUGUAGACCAAGGAAAAAAUUUUUGGUUAAUUGUUUAAUGUAAUGGAUGCAUUGCAGUGGAAUAGGUACGGAUUCCUAAUCUUCUGGAAGUGAUUGCUACUAAUAAUUUCCCAGUAUUGUACAAUUCCACUUGAAUUGGAUUAUUAUCUGUUAC